AUGAUUUCAUCAAAAGCCAUAUUUUCGCAAUUUUUGAUUCUCGGAAUUUUCGGAUUCGGUUUUUCUCAAGCUUUUCAACCAGGUAUUGUAUCUUGCGAAAAAGAAGAAGAGAAUCAGAAAAUAAGGACUUUUAUUAAUUAUUUUUCAGCAGCCGGAGAGGUGAAUUGUCCGCGCGAAUGCGACCACUUUUGCGUGUUGAAGUCGACUGGUCCAAGUUGCAGCUGCCGAUCAGGUUUUCGACUGUACGACGAUUUAAAAACUUGCGUUCUAACGGAAGAAUUGCUCGAAGAAGCGGUUCAGGAAAUGUCAGAUUACGUCGAGUUUCCCGUCGUCAUUGUCUUGCUGGCUGGUUUUCUUGUGGUGCUGUGCAUGGCGAUUAUCACGUGGUACUGUGUGACGAAGGAUUCUCCUCAGCGGACGAUGUCGGUUUAUUCGGAUCGGUCGGAUGAUCUGUCUUCUAUUCCAGUUGCUAUCAAGAGCUUCAAUAAGCCGCUUCAUAUCUCAAUCGUAUAA